CGACGAGUCUCUCUUCCGUUGAAAUCACUGACUAUGGUGGUAAGAAUCCGUCUAUCCCGUUUUGGGAAUCGACAUCAACCCUUUUUCAACAUCGUCGUGUGUCAAGCCCGAACCGCUCGCGACUCAAAGCCCAUCGAAGUUAUCGGAACAUACAACCCUAUUCCCAAAAAGCCCCUCGGCUUGUCGGAAGAAGAGGCCAAGCUUGCCCGGCCAUACAAAGAUAUUGCUCUCGAUCAAUCCCGGGCGAAGUACUGGCUCGGUGUGGGUGCGCAGCCGAGCGAACCUGUGUGGCGAUUAUUAAGUUUGGCUGGCUUGGUUGAAUCCAAACUGGGACGGAAACGAGCUGAACCGCCGGCGGCUGCAACGAAUACCUCAUGA